GAGAAGUCUGUACAGAGCGAGAAAUACAUAUUUUGUUGCUCAUACAGCGCUUCGCCGCCCUUCCCUUUUCCCUUUUGCGCGCGCUCCUCCAUUGGCUUUUACACCCUAGGAAUUUUAUUAGGUAGGACCCGCCGCUGCGCGUCAAGCCGUGCUCUGCUGUGUGCUUUGUACAUGUUUAUGAACAUCUGUGUGUUUAUGCGUGUGUAUGUAUGGUGUCCACCGACUGUCAAGGCACUCGCCAGUAUACGAGGAACCAUCAAAAGGGGCCAUCGCCGCGCGCUUUCGCCGUUCAAAACAACUGAGACUAAGUCAAAAAAUAAUAAAAAAUAAUAAAGGAAUAAAAAGGCAGACACUGAAUAAAAGAAAAGACGAAACAAAACGCGUGCAGAAAAGAAAAAACGGCGGGGGUGGGGGGGCUCGAAAAGAAGAACCAAGUGAGGUCCGCGAAUGAGUGAGAAUCGACGAUAAACGGCAGCUCAACCGGAGCCUCAAGGCGCAAGAGAGAGGGAAAAAGAGGAGUAGUAGUAGGAGGCGAGGCUAGCGAAUGGAGCCAACCCAACGGAGCACGAAGGAACGCGGAGACUUCGCCCCCCCCUCGUGCGUGUGUGUGUGUGUGUGUGCAUGUGUGUGUGUCGACGUGGUAGAAUAGAAACGCUGGUAGAGCAGCGAAAAUAAGAAGGAAGAAAAAAUAAAAAAAAAUAAACAGAAGAAAUUUCACGCGCGACAAGGAGAAAUAAUAAAAAGAGAGAAAAGUGUGUAUUAGCGCGAACGCGUCUUCAACGGACGAGGGAAAGGAAGUACGAGAAAGAACAAGUGGAUCCGAAGGGGGUGGGGAGCAACGGAGUUUCGGCUGUUGUGUCGCAAGGUGUAAACUCCCUUUAUAUCCAUGAUGUUACAUGUAUACAUCUACACAUAUAUGGAAACAUUUAUUUAACAAAUUAUAAAUAGCAUCAAGAAAUUUGCCACUUUUAUACCCCUCCGAAAGUGCAACGGGCGAUUAUUUUACUCGUAUACUCUGAGACGUCAGUAAGAAUUGAGUCUUCGGUUAAUUUUUUCAUUUUCUUCUCUGCUUCUCCGGACAUAGUGUGUGCGUGCGACUCUUCGCUCUUUGCCCAAGUGACUGUGCUCCUCUUUCCGUAUCCGCAAGUGUUAGUUCCUGUCUGUGUGUUGUUUCCCGUUUAUGAUUUACGUACAACUCGUAAAUCCAAUCGCGCAACUUCGCAACGUGUUCGACACGCUUUCGGUUAUUGCGUGCAUCAAGAGCUUGCAACGACCAAAUAUUUCUGACGAGGAAAAAAUAAAUAAGGCAGGAUUACCGGAGCAGUGAAAAGUCCUCGCUAGUGGCGCCCUCUGUGCGCGUGGUGCGUUUAGCGCGUUGAGAGCGCCGCGCGAUUGCACUCUACCAGCGUAGUGUGCGCCAAUUUCAAAGUCAUAUUCGUUUCAUCGUGUUUAUCUUAUAUGUAAAAACCAUUAUCAUGUUAAUCAAAAGUGUUGAAUACGCGUGCGUAUAACUCCGCUCAAAGUGUCACGAGGAAUCAUCCACCGUUCGUUCCUUUUGUCAUAGUGUUUCAGUUUUCAUUUUUAUUUUUUUCCGACAGUGUACUUGCACCUACUAACGGAGGAACAUACACUCGCUCACGCACCCGAUCUUCCUGGUCGAGAGGGUCGAGAGGCUUUUACGCGAGAGAAAAACGACUUAUUCACCGUGUGCACACACAGGGCGCUCCAAUGAAAUAUCGUAACGAGUAAAUUUUCGGCGAUUCUUCCGGGGGGCGGGGGGACCAUCAACGCGCGUAUAUACACGAAAAAUAAGAGGUGCCCACAGGGAAUAUACAUCGCAAAGGUGCGGUUUUUCGUGUGACUUGUAGUCAAAAAUUGAAUUAAACGAAAAAAUCAAGAGUGCGAAGGAUAGUGGGAGAGGGAAAUAGUGAAAGAGAGAGAGCGCGAAAAAAAGAAAAUCCGAAAAUCUGAGCACGAGAGAGUGGCGUUUGUGUGCUUGUAUGUGUGUGCGUUCGUGUUAAAAGAGAGAAAUAAUAAGAAAAAAAUUAUUUUCGGACACCCUCAGUGUGUGGCGUGCAAUGUGAUAUCGGCUGUCAUUGAUGUCCGUGGUGGUAGUGACGAGGCUCGAGAAAAAUUCACGUGCCUGCUUCGCGAUCGGUGAUUACGACGCGACGAGGGCGAGAAAAUAUAGGAUAAAAAUAAUUGCGAGUUUCGCUUACGGGCCUGGUGGACCUGGCCUCUCCUAUGGGCGUACUACGAUUCCUUCAGGAUUCACGGAAUUCAGCGAUUUCGCAAUAAAAAGUUCGAUUUUUCGAUACCGAAUGCGAGUUUUUAGAAAUUAGACUUAUUUUCAACUAAAAUAGUGCGCUGUGCAACAAUAUAGAGCGAGAUUCAAAGAGGUUAAAGAGAAAAGUGAAAAAAAAGUGUUUAAUAAAAAGACGAGAGGGAUAGAGAAGCGAUUGUCGUAAGUCUCGCUCAAAAUACGGCCCUGAGACUCUUCGAUCGAGACGUCGAAAUUUUUUCUUUUUUUUCCUUUCAUUUCCUUUUUUUCACUACUAAUUCUCGCGUGUGAGUGCGUGGGAGUGAUUUUUUCUUCUCAACGAAGAAUUCGACGAAGUGGAGAGGUGGCGGAUAAGGAUAAGGAGGCGGUAUCAGGAUGAGUGGAAGACCGAGGACGACCUCCUUCGCAGAGGGCACCAAACCACCCGCAAAUCCGCCCCUGGGCGGCAUGAAGAUCAGCAGUGGUGCAAUGUACAAUGCAGGCAAGGAUGGCAGCAAAGUGACGAUCGUCGUCGCAACACCCGGGGCCGGCUCCGAUCAUCCACAAGAAGUCUCGUACACCGACACAAAGGUCAUCGGAAAUGGCAGCUUCGGGGUCGUCUAUCAAGCUAAAUUGUGCGACACCGGUGUCAUGGUCGCGAUCAAAAAGGUUCUUCAGGAUAAACGAUUCAAGAACAGAGAACUACAAAUAAUGCGGCGCCUCGAGCACUGCAACAUCGUCCAACUUAAAUAUUACUUUUACUCUAGCGGCGAUAAGAAGGAGGAGGUUUACCUCAAUUUAGUGCUGGAAUACAUACCUGAAACCGUGUACAAAGUCGCUCGACAGUACAGCAAGAGCAAGCAAACGAUACCGAUACAUUUCAUAAAGCUGUACAUGUAUCAACUUUUUCGUUCCUUGGCGUACAUCCAUUGGUUGGGGAUUUGUCACAGGGACAUAAAACCACAGAAUCUACUUUUGGAUCCAGAAACGGGCGUGCUGAAAUUGUGUGACUUCGGUUCGGCGAAACAUCUGGUCAGAGGAGAGCCUAAUGUGUCUUACAUCUGCAGUCGCUAUUAUCGCGCCCCCGAACUUAUAUUCGGUGCUAUCGACUAUACCACGAAAAUCGAUGUCUGGAGUGCGGGUUGCGUCCUGGCGGAGCUUCUGCUCGGUCAACCUAUAUUCCCCGGUGACAGCGGUGUUGAUCAACUCGUCGAGAUCAUAAAAGUUCUUGGUACGCCAUCGCGCGAUCAAAUAAGAGAAAUGAAUCCAAAUUACACCGAGUUCAAAUUUCCGCAGAUCAAAUCACACCCCUGGCAAAAGGUAUUCAGGGCGCGUACGCCGCCCGAAGCGAUGGAGCUAGUAGCACGUCUGCUGGAGUACACACCACCGUUGCGAAUAACGCCGUUGGCGGCUUGUGCUCAUCCCUUUUUCAACGAUCUUCGACAGCCGGGUGCGGUCUUACCGAACGGUCGUGCAUUACCACCCUUGUUUAACUUCACCGAGCAAGAAUUGCGGAUUAAUCCAUCGUUGAAUUCGGUACUGAUACCGAAGUAUAUGCAGACAUCGGAGAUAACGAGCAACGAGGAGCAACCAACGGAAUCGACGAGCGCAGCAGCGGGGCCUAGCGGUAAUUCUAGUGAUAGUAGCGUCGUCGCGACCACAACAACACCAUCGACCAUUAAGAAUACAGAUCCAAAUCAAUCGACCAUGGCUUAAAGGUGUAACGGGCGCUUUACAUAUAUUCAUAUAUAUAUUUAUAUAUAUACGUAUCCAUAUAUAUGUGCAUGUAUUUAAAUUUGCGGCUGGUUGCAAGGAAGGAUUGAGUGAUGGUUCGGUUGGAACGAAAAGUGUCUACGUCAUGGGUCAAGCCAAAUGAGUGGAUCGUUUCAUGUGCCAAGGAAGCCAUUACUCAGUCGUUUUUUAUGCGGAGUGACGGUGAUAUAUACAUAUACACACACAUAUAUGUAUAUAUAUAUUAGGGUGGCCGCAAUUUGGGUCACUUAUUUCUUUUGAAAAUUCCUUCGCGGAAACAUCGUCAACAUCAAAAAAAAAAAUGUGCACCAAAUUUGAAUGCGCUAGGAGAAUUUAAACAGGUGCCACAAAAGAGUUGAAGUUUUAAAUGCAAAACACGUGUAUUUAUCAGACUUGUUAUUUAAUUAUUAUCUGCUUCUCAUAAUAAUAAUGACAGAAAUCUGAAAUUUGGCACACUUGUUGUUCAUAUUAAAGGGUACGAAACAGAAUUUUUUCCGAUUUUUCCGUAGAUUAUUUCCGUGGUGUUUACCGUUACAAAGAUGACCAUAUUUUUUUAGUACUUUGAACAAGGUCAAUUGAAGCACUUUUAAAGCUCAACACAAGUAAAUGCCAUCAUUAUGCAAAAUUUAUAGAAAAAAAUCAUAAUAAUCGCACAUGAUCCAUAAAACGAUACUUCAUCUCCAUUACAUUUAUGUCACGUUAAGCUUACUUUAAUAUUUUUAAAAAAGUAAAAAAAAAUAAUUCUACACAUUGAUUUGAAAAAAAAAAAAAAAAUUGUUUUCCAUGUAACUUCACAGUUCUUCAAAAGUGGGAAUAGAGGACUCACUAAUAAUAAGAAACAAAAUUCAAUCAUGAAGCAAGUCGUCGGAUAUUUUUAAAAAACGUAUCCAAACGUUGGCAGAGGGACUUUGUUUGAAGCGCUUCAUCGAUGAAUUCUCACACAAUUUCAGAUUUUUAUGAGUUAUUGUUAAGUGUACACUGUUGAUUACGGUUCAAACUUUGUCUAAAUGCUUCAAAGUGACGUUUAAAAGUGCUUCGAUUGACCGUGAUCAAAGUACGAAAAAAAUCAAAAAUAUAGUUAGCUUUGUAACGGUAAAAAUCACGGAAAUAAUCUUCGGAAAAAUCUGAAAAAAUUCCGUUUCGUAUCCUUUAAUAUGAACAAUAAGUGUACCAAAUUUCAUAUUUCUAUCAUCAUUAUUAUGAGAGGCAGAUAAUAAUUAAGUAACAAGUUUGAUAAAUACACGUGUUUUGCAUUUAAAACUUCAACUCUUCGGUGGCACCUGUUUAAAUUCUCCUAGCGCAUUCAAAUUUCGUGCACAUUUUUUUUUUUUUUAUGUUGAUGUUUCCGCAAAGGAAUUUGCAAAAAAAAGUGACCUGAAUUGCGGCCACCCUAAUAUAUAUAUAUAAAUACAUAAAUGCAAUAUAUAUAAUAUAUAUAUAUAUGCGAGUGUGUGUGUGUGUGUGUGUGUUUUCAACGUUGCAAAACUCUCGUGGAUUUGACGUUAUAGCGAGAAAGAAACGAAGGUUAAACACAAGCGAAAGAGGGGAAAGAGGGCAACGUAAAUAAAAACGUAAAACAAUGAUAAAAGCAGUCCAAUUAUCGGAUUAAUUCGUUCGCCAAUUCGCGGGUCUGUUUGUCUGCCUGUGUGCGCGUGUGCAUGUGCGAAUGCUUCGAUCGUGUGAAAUUCCCGAGACGAAAUAACGAAAAGAAAUAAUAAUUUGAACUGUUGUGGCGAUCGGAACGUUUAGGGAUGAAAAAAAAAUAAGUAAAGAGAGAGAUACCCGCACGAUUAUACAAGAGCAGUCUCCUAAUUUUUGGAUUAACGGAGAAAAGGUUCGUCACUUUGUAAUAAAUUGUAUACUCGAUUGCAGCGCACUUAUGUGCUCGAUAUUCAGGAGCUUUCACGUCAAUUCCUCGAGUGUAAUCUCGACGAUGGUUUUAGGAAUCCUCUUCUACGCCUUAUUUUGUUUUUACCCCCUCAGCCCCUGCCCUUUCCUCUGUCCUAUCCUUCGAUCUCUAUCCAAUCCACUUUUACCACCCUUCGAAGCUCGAAAACUCAACUUUAACGCCCAGCUGUCUAAUGUAUUUCAGUGUAUAUAUAGGAAUCCGGUUGUUUUUUGUUUUACUCUCUUUUUAUUUGUUUAUUCAUGAUUAUUUUGUUCGCUUCUCUGAGACUCCGACUAGAAUCUUGGAUAAGCCGUAAGAGAGAACGUAAAAACAAUGAGAAUGACACACUUAGUUAAAGAAUAUUAAAAAAGAAAAAACUGAAGAAAAUGAUGGAAAUAACAAAAAAAAAUUAUAAAAGAUAAUUUAAAACAUAAGAACAUGUGUAAUCUAAUGUUUAGUAGCGCGUUUACGUCGCUUGCGUCGUAUUUUUAUCCAGUCUAGCUUGAAAACGAAAAAAGUAACCCUCUCCCGGUCGAUUUUUAAGGUAUAUCGCCCUCACGUUUCGCAAGAUGGUUUCAUGACCCCUCCUUUUUCUCCACGGACGAUCCCACAUUUUUUUUUAAAUUACUUUCUUCCCUUCGAAAUCCUUGUCCCACUUUUCCCUCAUUCAUAUCGUGAUAAUUCCUCAUGAAAAGGAAUUUUACGUUUGAAAAUCAUCGUCGUGUACGUGUUCAACGAUAUUGACGAUUUGUGUUGUAUAAAUCUUCGAGGUCCACUGUAUGCUCGUCGUUUGUAAAUAAUCUGAUACUUUUUUCAUUCUCUUUCAACUUUUCGUUCUUUAUGUUUAAUAUUAUUAUUAUUAUUAUUAUUACUAUUAUUAUUUAAUCAGACAACUUGCAAGUCAGUUGAAACGCCAAUUGAACUCGAUACCGAAAUAAAUACGUAAUGCGUUAAUACGACAAAUUAAUCAGCAAUUCUCACGAUAGGCAAGAUCUCCGAACAUGAGACAAUUAUUUGAACUCUAAAUCAAUGAAACCGAGAGAUCGUUUAUUCUCUUCUCGCAACAAUUGAUCGUGCAGAAAAAACAAGAAAGCAUAGUUUCGUUUUCGAUCAUUCCGCGAGAUUUCAGACAGCUUAACUCUAAAUCUUUCAUGUUUACAGACUGCACCAAGAUAAAGCAAAGAAUAAUAUUCACCAAUAAUCAUUUUAAUAAUGAUGUUGAAAUUGCUGCCAAUUUAUGAUACGUCAAAACAAAUCAAAUGGAUCGCAGAAGCAACACCCCGUUUGUUAACUCUCCGCUAUUAUAACCAAGGGGAAGUUAUUGACGUAACUUUUUGUUUUAUUGUUCGCUAGUUUACUUUUUCAAUGAUCACUUUUUUUUCAAUUACUCGAUGAACGUCAAUCCGAGGAGCAAAUUGAUGCGGAGGGCUCUUGACAAUCGUCUAGCAAAUACCGUAUUUUGUACAUAGAUUGAGCUUUUUUUUAUUACUCUCCCUUCCUCUCUCUCUCUCUCUCUCUCUUUCUCUCUUUAUCUCUCUCAAAAGUUUCAACCUGAGAUGUCAGAAUGUUGACGAGUGACGUAAUGCCGACUAAUAGUUUUACGAUUCUAGAGAGAAAAGAAGGAAAAAAUGAAAAAAGAGUCCUGCGCAAAUUGUAACUCGGCGGACACGCGAAUUUUGUAAAAUCCAUUAUAUUUUCCCGCUAUCAACUGCAUCUACAUAUCAACAAGUUGCGAAAGAAUCAUAACGACAGCUGUCAAGGGAAUAAUCGGAAAGUCAUAAUUGAGCGAAAGUAAAAAAAUGAAAAAAAUUGGUACGAGUGCGGUAGUAGGGAACGUUUAUCUUCGAUUGAUUUCCGAGGCUUAAUCAACUAUUACAACGAGGAUACUUCACGCGCGUGCCGAAAAAAAUAGUGGAAAGUGACGCGACGAUUUAAACAGAACCGACUUUAGAUGAAUUAUUUUUAGAGUUUUAUCAAUGUUGAUAAUUCAAUUUUUAUAUUUUCAACGAUCAUUACUUUCCUCUUCUUUUUUCUAUCCGUCUCUUCGUACAUUGUCACAAUGCCUCGUUUGAAAAAAAAAAAUAUUAUAAGGACGAAAUGCUUUUUCGUUCUAUCGCAAAUUUACGUGUAUUUCAUAAAAUAAGCGAUUCGAAGGAAACGAAAAAAUUAAUAAAACAAUUUAGGAAAUGUAAAGAAAUAACGAAAAAAACAACCAAGAGAUUAACUCAUUUCACGAAUUCUUGUAUCGUCGCGUUAUUAUACAUAUUCAUAUAUGCCGAAAUAUACGAAAGGACAAAGUGCUCCUGCCACUUUUGAUGACCUUACACGAAUAAUUUAUUUAUUUUAUGAACUUAUUUUUGUUUUUUUUUUAUUUUUCUUCCAUUAAUUUAUCUUGGUAUUUUCCUGGUGAGUAUCGAUGUGCAAAAUCUCACAAACGUUCAAAAUUAAAUACCAAGAAAGAUCUACGUGUUUUUUUUUCUGGUUUUUGCUCUCCCUGAAUUUCGACGAGUACCGAUCAGCGGCUCUUUUGUGUCCACGAUUAUUUUCGGACAUUAAUUCCACAAAUCAAUGUUUCUAUGCUGUUGCCACGUAUUCACAGGUGAUAAAACAAAAGUGUCUUUGAAUGCGAGCAUCCGUUGAUUCGUACCAUUUAAAUAUUUGCUUAUAAAUUUUUAACAAUGAUGAUUCGUCUUGAAAUUUUCUUUCAUCGAAUCAUCACUGUGAAUAUUUAUCCUCGUGAUAUUUCGUCUCGGUUCCAAAAUAAUCUCAAUUAAGGCAGUACGUACAACCUUGGUGCGAAACUCGAAUGGCAAUAAUCCAAAAUUUUUAACACAAUAAAAAAAACGAAAUGUGAGAUUCCAAACAAAAUUGGAUUUUGACAAUAGUUUUUCACGAAUCGGCCUGUCGAAUCUUUGAGAAAAGUCAGUUUUUGUAAAGCGUUGGCACACAGGUACUAUUCCAAUCAGAUAAAACGAGGAAACGAUAUUCAAGUAAAAGCGUCUUCAUCUACUCUUUUUUUUCAAUUACAGGACAUGAAAAUGCCCAGAAAGAAAUCGAAAUAUGAAAUAAACGAGAGGCCCGUGAAUGCUUAGUGGUAAGAGAAGAGAAAAAGCUCGAGACUCGGAAAAUGCACACAGAUUGAUUGAUCGAAUGAGGGAGGAAUGUCGUGAUUAUUCGUGAAGCAAUUAAACAGAGAUAUGCUUUGAUAAUACUCGUCUUUAAAAAGGAGCGAAGCCGAACACAAAAGAAAUAGCGAGAUGAGCCAAACUUGAAUGAACUCAAUGAAUAUUUCGUUUCACCUUUCAUCCGGCGAAGAAUGAUGGCGAUCACGACUGAAAGAACCCGAGCGAUAAUUCAAAUCCUUCAACUAUAUGUGAACAAUGAGAAAUAUGACGAACUUUUGUUAAUCUUCUUUUAUUCCAAAAUGAAUCCCACUUGCGAAACGAAACAAUGUUGAAUCGGACGAUAUAAAAAAUAAUAUUAAUGACCGAAGUUCUUGUUGAAAAUCUAUCACGACGAGAUGGGAGUCUUAACAAAAAGCUUGAAUGCCACUCGAUGCGAACACAUUACACAUACGGAACGCCAAUGUGGGAAAUUUUUCUCUCCCAUGUAAAAUACUGAAAGUCCAUAUAUAAAUACUUAUAUAAAUUUAUAAUUUACCUAUGAAUAUAUUAUUAUUAUUAUUAUUAUCAUCAUCAUCGUCAUCAUCAUCAUCAUCAUCAUCAUCAUUAUAAUUAUUGUUUUCUCGAUUUGAAGUCGGAUUAGCAUAUAUACAUAUAUAUGUACAUAUACGUGUAUGUGUGCAAACUCACAUUGAACUUAGUAAUUAACGAUAAACACUGAUGCUGUUGUGUAAAGAAACAUGAUUAAGAAUACCAAUAUAAAAGUGAGUAAAAAAAACACUCUCAAAUAUUGUAUACCUCUUGCUUAACAUUUUCAUCAUCAAUGUCACGAAUUAACAACUUUUCCUUGUCUCUCCACAUCAUUCUCGCAUCCCUAUCACGUUUGAGAAAACAUAGGACAAAUUACAUUUAAUGAUUGUUUACGAAGAAUACUAAAUAGUUAUGAUGUUAAUGUAUACGCGAACGAGACGUUUUACGCUGAACGAGCCGGUUUUGAUUUUCGAAGUGCAAUAAAGAAUUAAAUUUUGAAAAAAAAAUUUUAUUAAUUGGUCAUAAUUAGUGAAAAUGCUCUAGUAAAAAUUGUUUUUAUAUUUUCUUUAAUUUUGAAAAUGCUUCCGACAAAGAGAAAAAUUCGUGAGACACGAGGAUAAAAAAUACGAAUUUGAAGCAGGAUUUUUAGCGUGAAAUGCCUCGUUUUCGAUAUAAAUAUAAAUAUAUUUACGUGUCUGAGUGAAUAUGUAUAUAAAUCAAUCCGCGAUGAAUGGGAAAUUGAUAAAAUUUUGGCAGAUUGUGAGAAUCUGGAGCAAAAGUAAGCGUGAAACGAUGAAAAAAUGUUUGGCUGCAAAACGACUGUGUCGAUCGGAAAAAAUCGCUUCGGGCAUCUUAUCGAAUGAUUUCUUGUGCGUCUCUCUCUUCGUUCGUACGAUCGAUUGUCAGGAAAUAUUUCUCAAGAGCUUUAUAACGAUUUCAUCGCCGGACCAAGUUCGAAAUUUGUCGAUUUUCACGGGCCACUUUUCACAGAUGAACAAAUGAAAGGACUCGCACGAAGUGACGACUUUUUUGUAACGACGGAAAAUCGAAAUUUUUUCCCGGUUUCCGGUGUGAAAUAGUAUGCCUGUGCGUGUGUGAGAGGGAAAUUUAAAACGUAGCUUAACGUGUUUUUAGUGCCACGGGAUAAACGUUGUACCAACUCGUUAUUUAUGUACAGAAUAUUUCACGUGGAACGAAAUCAAACAAGGUCUGCGAGACUUAUCGAAUUUUUUUUUCCGUGUUCCACCACCAUUCCAAACUGUUUUUCGAUUUUUUUGUUCUGUUCACUUCGUUGGGUGAAAUAGCCAUCACAAACGAGAUCGAAACGAAAGUGAAUAUUCGUGAGUUAUCGUGAAAAAAAUGUUGAUUUCUAAGUACAACAAAUAUUUGAAACAACUCUUCAACGUUUUUUCUCUGAAAGCAAGCCGUUCGAAGAUCGACAAGUAGAAAUUUUUUCGAUCGAGUUGAAUAGUAUGAAUGUUUUAUAUUUUAUUUAGUUUAAUACCGUAGAAUCUCUGAGCUCGAACGAUCUUGAAAUUAUUUCAAAGAAAAAAAUGAUCUCGUUCCAUGUAAAUAUUUCGCAUAUAAACGACACAGAUGAGACGAGUGCAUGCUAAUUGUUGAAUUUCUGAAAGCAUUGAUCGCUCGCUGAGCUCACAAAAAAUACAGAUCAUACGAUAUUAAAAACGAGUAUUUAAUAAAUUCUAAUUACCAGCGAACGGUGAAUCGUCAUUCAAUGACGAUUGUAGAUUGUAGAGAUUCUUUUUUUUUUGUGGAACCAGCGAACGAAAGAAGACGUCCGAAGAAUUUAACAAAAUUUGACAGAGUCUAGAGGGAAAAUAUAAGUUGUGACGGCAGCAAAAUAAUUACUCAACGAUAAAGAGAUCAAUCACAUCGAUUCUGGUUGAAAGAUCGAUAACGACGUAAAAAGACAAAAAAGAGGGGAAUCAGCUCUGAAAUAAUAAUGUUACGAAUUUCACUGUUGCUACGAAACUGGAGUGAAAGAAAGAAGUAAAUAACCAAAUAUUUGUACCAACCGACGAUUUCGCUUCCAUCAAAACAUCACGCGCCUAAUUGAAAACUUAUGGAAAAGUAAUGAUAAUCGUUUGACCCAUUGAUUCCUGCUCGUGAGAAUGGCAAAAAACGAUGAUGAUGAAUCCACGCAUUUUUUUCACUUACUGUACGGAACAGGUGAGAAAAUGAAUGAUGAACGUUCAUACGACGACCGGGGAUUGUCCCUGUGCAAUGUAAAUAUUGGAAAACUCAAGAAGGUCAAAAAAGUGGUCAGCAAAGCAAAAAAGCGACGAGUCAUUGAUUCGAAAUAAAAAAAAGUUCCAUUUUUUCACCGGAUCUACAAAAGUCGAGAACGCUCUGAAAUUUUAGAAUUUCACGCAAUACCAAACUAAGAUUAGCUCUCGAAGCGUUGAUCGAUGAUGAAUAAGCUUCCCGUUCACUUUUAAUACUAUAGAAACGUACACUCGAAAAUAUUCUCCAACGAUUCGCAAUUCGGAUGAACAGAAAAAGCUCAUCAAAGUGUCAACAACUGUUCAUAAUAAUAGUAAAAGCGAACAUUGAAAAGUUGAAAAGUCCAGAAUCCAACGCGAACUAUCGAUAAUGAAGGCAACAAGAUUUUUCAAAAACAUAGAGCAAACUAUGAAAAAUAAAGAAAGAAUAUAAAGCGAGGUUCCAUGAUGAACUUUACACGCGAUUGAAUUCAUGGUCUUCGUCACCUGCUUUUCUCAAUCUGCAUUAACGGAAGUAUAAAUAUAUGUAUAACGAACGCUAAGCCAAUUUUCGACAUCACAAUUAUCUAUUAUACAUAUAACAUAGAGAGGUGAGGAAAAACAAGUAAAAACAAAAUUUAAUUGAAAAAAAGGGAAUUACGAUGAAGCGCCAAGAGAAACGGGACGUUAAAUCUCUCGUGUAUCGACGGUUCCAAAAUUUCGAUCCAUUUUUAGCGUUAUAACUCGUGAGUGUAUGAUAAUAGGCAAAUUGUUGAGGCGUAAAGACUACUGCGAUUAAAAUAUUAAUAAUAAUAAUAAUAAUAAUAAUAAUAAUAAUAAUAAUAAAAUAAAUAAAUAAUAAUAAGAUGAACAAAGAGUGCGGGCAAGAAAAACUACGAAAAAGACGAAGCAUGGCUAUAAAUACUAAAAAAAAGCAGCCUAUGCCUGAAACUAUGACAUUUGAAAUGUUGAAUGAGUACGACGCGAGUUGACAGAGGAAUGAAAAUAAAAAUGGGACGUAUGAAUGCAUGAGCGCAUUGAAACGAGCGUUUGGUGUGAAAAAGGGGGAUGAAGAGAGAGAGAGAGAGAGAGAGAGAGAGAGAGAGAGAGGAUAAUAAAAAUAUACCGAAAAAGGAGUCUCUUAUUAUAAUUAGCGAAAAUGACGGAAAAACAACCUAAAACGUAUACAUACAUAUAUAUGUAUGUAAUAUAUGUAUACACUAUGCGCAUGUAUAUGUAUGUAUAAUUAUACAAUUGCACUAUACGAUAACAUUAGCGACUAUUUAUUAUUAUUAUUCUCAUUAUUAUUAUUAUUAAUAUUAUUAACUUCAUUCUAUGGAUAUAAAUAAUUAUAUAAGCUGUUCGUUUAAAUCGUUUCUUUCAAUAUAUAUUUUUCUUUCUUUCUUUUUUCCUCCGUUAUUUUUCAAUGUUUUUAGUUUUACAUAAUGAAUGAAUCACACAUAGUUGAUACGGUAAUUGUAGCAUACUAUUGAAUGUGUUAACGCGAGAAUCGACCGUCACCUCAGCGGUGGACGCUAUAUAAUACUAUUAUUGUACAUUUUUGUGGUUUAUUUAACAAUAAAACAUUAACAAUAACGUUGA